AUGCAGCCCAGCAAUCGCUCCCCGGAAGACGUGGAACUAGACGUGCCGCGCUCCCGACCAGGGUCCAGGCGAAACUCUGCGUCUUCAAGAAGAAGCAGCAUCAGAGAUGUCAAGCCUCCUACACCCGCCCCGCACUCGCUGAGCUCAACGCCGAAGCACGGUGCCCGGACUCACCCUCUAGACUUCACCCUUACGGGCAAGCAGAUAACCAGACGGAGCGACCGAGCCAAUUCCCUGCCAGGAUCGUACCUCUGUCGUCCUGCCAACGAGCCGGCCAGACCAAAGAGAAUAUUCGAGUCACAAAAGACGAGACCGGUGGUCACCAAAAGACAUGAGACCUCGGUAGAAGACGACAUGUCACUGGACUAUUCGCAGAUUUCAGAUUGCGAAGAUCCAUCAUUAAAAUACGGAAGAUUCAGGGCUUUGGCGACGUCAACGCCCAGGCCGAGACUCUGCCAGAAUACGCGGAGUGUCUCCUUGCAGAACCAGAUGCACGUCCAGAGAACGGAGAGGAAGAACAGACUUGUUGAAUCGAAGAAAAGUCAAGUGAGCACCACCUCGCGCGGCAGGGACCUCUCGUGCGAUAAUACUCUCACCUCCAGCUACUACAGCAGGUGCGAAACGGAGCUCGGCUACUCGUCAGUGUCGCCGGAGUACUCAGGGCUGUCGUCCGCGGACCACUCCCCGGGAGCCGGCGCGCCCACGGACACGUCACCCCGGACCCAAGACCUGCAGCUCUCCAGUUGUUGCGUCAGCACUUGGCAGGACAGCAGCGAGACGGACGACACCAAGGUCGAGGAGUGCAGGGACCGAAGCGGAGAGUGGGAGAGCUUCUGGGCCAAGUAUAACGGCUCUAUGUCCAGAGUGUCGCUGCAGGAGUACUACGACCAGUGCCCGACGCCUUACCGCACGGGGACUUUGGACCCGGCCGAUCUUGAUACAUCUCCAGAGUUUCAUGUUCGAUCGCCGAGCAAAGUAAAAGAAUUGGACAACAUCAUUCGUAGCGAAGGCUUACAUCUGACUCCGAGGGAGACGCAAAGCAUGAUCAAAUGUGCUCACGUUCUCAGCAACGUCCUCUCUAACGCCAUAGAAAGGCGUUCCAGGCAAAGUAGCCAGAGCGAACUUCGAAACGAAAUAAAAAUCGAUUCUGAAUGUCAAAUAAAAAAGAAGUCACUGAAGCUUGAUCUCAGGGAAACCGUAGCGCCUUCACGAGCGAACGAAAACGGCUGGGGCGUGACUGCGGCGACACAAACGGACAUAUCGCUGCCCAACACGAAAAGCGCUCCGAGAAUCUUCGAGAACAUUCUGAGGCAGCUGUCGAAAACUACGAUCGCCGAUAGCGCGGCGACAGACAAGAAAUCCACUGAAAAAGUUGACGUCGCAACGGCAGAGAGAGAAGUCGGGAAAACUGAUGAAGAAGUCGACGUUAAUGUUUCGGGGAAUAACGCAAAUGGUCUAGUUUAA